AUGGCUGGAGAUUCACGCCCCAAAUCAAGGACUUGUGCAACCUUGAUUUUACGAGGCGCUAAUGACACCAUGCUCGAUGAAGUUGAAAGGUCGGUCCACGAUGCCUUGUGCGUUGUCAAUAGAGUCCUGGAAUCGAAAUCGGUCGUGGCGGGUGGCGGAGCCGUUGAAACGGCAGUUUCCAUCUAUUUGGAACACUUUGCUACUUCUAUCAGUAGCAGGGAACAAUUAGCCAUAGCGGAAUUCGCCAAGGCUUUACUCGCCAUCCCCAAAACAUUAGCUUCUAAUGCAGCCCUCGAUGCUACUGACCUUAUAGCUAAGUUGCGCGCCCAUCACAAUAAUUCUCAAACUAAAACGGAACAAAACCAAUGGAAAUGGGCUGGACUUGACCUUUUAAACGGAACUAUUAGGGAUAACAGAGCAGCGGGCGUGCUCGAACCGGCCAUGUCAAAGAUAAAAAGCAUUAAAUUUGCCACCGAAGCGGCUAUAACUAUCCUCAGAAUCGACGAUUUGAUCAAAUUAAACCCAGAUAAGCCCGAUCACAAAUACCCCGGCGCUGAUCAUAUGGAAUAUUAAAUGCUUCGAAGAUUGUUACUAUAAAUCCAAAACAUUUUUUUUUGUAAUUAUUAUUAGCUGUUUUAUGAAGUUUUCUUAAA